ACCUGUAGCCGACUCCGAUGAUUACCGGGCCGGAUCUGAAUCCGAAAAUAACAGUGAGAGCGACAGUGCCUUUGCAAAGAUAUCUAUGAGGCCGGAUAUUGGGCGUCGUAGUAGACGUCUGAGGAAAGUGGGGAAGCUCAACUACACAGCACCUGCGCCUAUCAUACCCACACGUGGGGAGAGUCCCGCAGCAAGAGUUGCACCUGCACCUGCACCUGCACCCAAACCAGCGCCAAAGAGGGCCAGGGCCACAACGGCGCAAAAGUCCCCUCCCAGAAGGACUACUACCCGUAAACCCGCACCCAAGGUGCCUGCAACCUCUGCAGCCAAAAAAACUCUGCCCAGAAAGGCCGCGGUCAGAAAAACUGCACCCAAAAAAACCGAGGCCAAAAAACCUACACCCAAAAAGAGUGCUGCGCCCAAAAAAACAUGGGGUGGCACUAAAAAGAGACCGUCAGCGGCUGUUACGG